AUGAACGCAGUUGGGCCUACUAUAGUGUGGGGUAUACCUCCUGUUUCGUCUAUAGCCGUGAGGUAUACCUCCCGUUUCGUCUACAGCGUGAGGUAUACCUUCCAUUUUGUCUGUAGCGUGAGGUAUACCUCCCGUUUCAUCUACAGCGUGAGGUAUACCUCCCGUUUUGUCUAUAGCGUGAGGUAUACCUCCCGUUUCGUCUAUAGCGUGAGGUAUACCUCCCGUUUCGUCUACAGCGUGAGGUAUACCUCCAGUUUCGUCUACAGCGUGAGGUAUACCUCCCGUUUCGUCUAUAGCUUUCCCCUAUCUAUCUAUCUAUCUAUCUAUCUAUCUAUCUAUCUAUCUAUCUAUCUAUCUAAAAUUAAUCCAUUCUCUUUUCCAUUAAUUUGUUUCUUUCCUUCUUUCUGGUUUCUUUUGCUUUCAUUAGUCUUUGCCUUUUCUUUCUCUUUUCCCUUUUGUUUGUUUCUUUCCUUCUGGAAACUUUUUUUUUCUUUCUUUUUUUUAGGUUUUGCCUUUUUCUCAUUCUUUCUUUCUUUUAAUCUUUUUCCUUUUCUAUCAAUUCUUUUUCUAUUAAUUCCUUUUCUAUCAAUUCUUUUUCUAUCAAUUUAUUUUCUAUUAAUUCCUUUUCUAUCAAUUCUUUUUCUAUUAAUUCCUUUUCUAUCAAUUCCUUUUUCAAUUCCUUUUCUUUUGAAAUUCUUUCUGAGUGCAUUUAUUUCUUCAUUCAUUUCCUUCUUUUUUCAUCAUCUUCACAUUUUCCCUUUAUUUUGUAUUUUCAUUUCUUCCUUUUUCCCUACUAUAAUAUUUUCUUGA